UACCUCGGACUGUCGCUCGCUUUCGAUACAUUCUAUCACUCUCUGGCGCCAUCAAUACUAGAACAACAUUCGCGUCAUUGAGAUUGCCGCUCUCAUGAAAGGCUCGACGACUCAGCAUUGAAUAGCCACCCACCUCCGGCGCAAUGCGCCUCCAGCAACAUUUCGCUACCUUCGCGGUAUCGUGUUUCCUCCUGAUCCUCGGAGCUGAUGCUGACUCAAAAUCCCGCAAUCCCCUGAAUUACCUGUCGUUACUUGAAGAUCCUCGAAUUCAUACUCCGUCACAAAGGGUUCAUGCGUCUUCUCACUUCGACCUCACCUUCGAUCUCCACAGAAGCUCGGAACACAUUCGGUUGAGUCUGGAGCCAAACCAUGACAUUGUGCAGGAAGACUCGUACAUUGAAUAUCUGGAUGAAGAUGGAAACGUUAAACACGCCGAGAAAAUGCAGCGGGAGGACUACAAGGUUUACCAGGGCAAGUCGUUUGUCGUGGACGAAGACGGUCUGUCAACACAUGUCGGCUGGGCACGUAUUGUCGUAAGACGGGAUGGCAUACGACCUUUGUUUGAGGGCGCUUUCACUGUCAUGGGCAAUCAUCAUCAUAUUCAGAUGAAAUCAACUUACACAGCGACAAAGCAUUUGCUGGACCCUCAGCUGGCUGAUGACGAAGACGAGUAUAUGGCUGUAUGGCGAGAUUCAGAUGUCAGCAGGCACUCGCAGCGUGAUUUGAAGCGUGAUGUGGGAUUGACCUGUGCUUCCGAUAGACUGGCUUUCAACACCGACCCAGCACAUCCCAUCUUUCAGGACUUGGUACUGAAGCGCGAUGACGGCUAUUGGGGGUCCAUGUCUGUGUCAGCCCUGCUUGGAAAACGUCAGAGUAUCGAUGGUGGCGGCGCUGGUAAUGGUAAUUCAGCUGGCGUCAGCCUCAAGUCAACCAUCGGUAGCACGGCCGGGUGUCCGACCACGCGCAAAGUGGCUCUGAUUGGGGCUGCCACUGACUGCACGUACACUGCCAGCUUCAAUUCGACGGAUACUGUGCGACAGCAUAUCAUCACCCAGGUUAACACGGCUUCCGAUUUGUAUCAGUCGACUUUCAACAUUACUCUCGGACUCAGGAAUUUGACGGUGUCCGAUGCUGCGUGUCCUGGAACAGCAAGUUCGACGACCCCAUGGAAUCUCGGCUGUACAGGCAACAAUCAGACAAUGGACUCUCGACUGAACCUCUUCUCAGCAUGGCGAGGAGAACGUGGCGAUAGCAACGCCUACUGGUCGCUCUUCACAACCUGCAGCACCGAUGCCGAGGUAGGUGUCGCCUGGCUUGGGCAAUUGUGUAAUACCGGUUCCACAUCUCAACAGGAUACUAGUGGUACCACGCAGAGCGUGACUGGUGCCAACGUGGUUGCAAAGACUUCGACUGAGUGGCAGGUGUUUGCCCAUGAAUCAGGCCAUACCUUUGGAGCUGUACACGACUGUGAUUCAUCAACCUGUGCCGACGCGAACACUGUCAACUCGGGACAAUGCUGUCCUCUGUCAUCAUCAACGUGUGACGCAAAUGCUCAGUACAUGAUGAAUCCGUACGCUUCUUCUUCGAUCAGCACCUUUUCACCCUGUUCCGUUGGCAACAUAUGCAGUGCGCUGGGUCGUAACUCUGUGCAAUCUGGAUGUCUGACCGACAACAAAGGCGUCGUUACCAUCACUGGCAAUCAAUGCGGAAAUGGCAUUGUCGAAGAAGGCGAGGAUUGCGACUGCGGCGGCACGGAAGGCUGCGCCGGGAACACUUGCUGCGAUGCGACCACUUGCAAGUUUAAUUCGGGCGCUGUCUGUGAUCCGAGCAACGAAGGAUGUUGCACAACCAGUUGUCAAUUCUCAUCUGCAGGCACGGUCUGCCGCGCGAGUACCGGUUCUUGUGACCCUCAAGAAGUCUGCUCCGGUACCAACGGAACCUGUCCUGCAGACAGUACGGCCAAGGAUGGAACCGGUUGCACGAGUGGCAACUUCACUGGCCUCGCAUGCGCUAGUGGCCAAUGUACCAGUCGAAACCUCCAAUGCAAGACUUUGAUGGGCAGUUAUACAUCUGAUAACGACACAUAUGCUUGUGACAGUGGGUCAUGUACCAUCAGCUGUGCCAGUCCCAGCUUCGGAGCGAAUGUCUGUUACAGUAUGCAACAGAAUUUCUUGGACGGGACUCCUUGUAAUGGUGAUGGAAAAUGUGAGAAUGGCGUCUGCAGCGGAAGCACUGUCGGAGGUGAGGUGAAGUCCUGGAUUGAUAACAACAAGACACUUGUGAUUGCAUUGGCGAGUGCACUUGGUGGAAUCAUCCUCCUUGCGAUCCUGGGAUGUUGUGUACGAGCAUGCAGAAGACGAAAACAGCCCAAAUAUAAUGGAAAUGGACGAAGACGUGGAGGGGCAGCGGCGGCCACGUCAGCGCCGCGUGGUUGGGAUGGACCAGCGAUUCCACCUCAAAUGAGGGCUCGCCAGUAUGGGAUUAACUGGCAGACUUCGCCGCAACAAACUCAGGCUCCUCAGCAAGGCUGGGCUCCUCCACAACCAUCAAUGAUGCAGUCUGACUCGAAUUGGUAUCCUUCAACGCCACCCCCAGCUUAUGCAGCUUGGGCAAAUGGAGCCCGGCCAAAACCGGUUAAUAGUGUUCGGUAUGCAUAAAAGAAAGGAAACGGAAGAGAAGGAUCAUGUUGUACAGCCUCAUCAUGCCUCCUCAGGUUGUUUAUCUAUGCUGAAAAGGAUGUUGGGGUAUUACUACUUGUGCAUGAGGGCUGGCAUACCUUACUUGGGUAUAGUGGAGCUGGAGGCUCUUCCAUAUCAUGACCGUGAUGACCCUGAUCAAGUGAAAGCGUUGGUAUAGGUAUAUAGCAUUAAAGACUUGCACUGUA